AUGUCAAGAGACAUCGAAGAGAACAUCCAGAGAGAGUCAAACACGACGCACGAACAGGAAAUUUCCGCACCAGCGGAAGCACCCUCGACACAGAAAGGCCGGGGACUGCUUCAUGUACCGUCGAGAUCCUCAUCUCAGAAUAUCCAGCCGUCGCCGACAACAACAGGGUUGAGCGGGGCCACAGCAAGGGAAUCGAGAGAGAGCAUCGGAGGUAAUUCUAAAGAUUCAAAAGGCAGCAUGUUGGGACGUCGCAGGAACGGGAGUGCAUCUAGCCACCACUCCGGAGCUGUUACAGGACCCACGAGCACGCCAGGUACCUCGCAGCCAAACUCUCCUGCGGGAGGCGCUCCGCGACGAAAGAAGGGCGGUUUGCUCUCGCUGCUUGGGUGCUGCGGUGUGCCCGACAACGCCAAUGCAUUGGAGGGCGGCGAAGAACCGCUGCCAUCUCACAAGCUUGACAAGAUCCCUCAGCGACAGUUGACUUCCAGCCGCCGGACUGCGACACCCUCCGAUCAGACCAACGGCAGCAAAACUCAAGUCUCUGAGAAGGAGAAGGAAUCUGUAGUGGCAGGCGACGCCGCCCAGGACGCCGCGAAGUCUUCAAAACGGGUCUCCGGCUCCACUGCGCAGGAUCAGUCAACUAUUGGCGAUCGUGACAGCGAGUCAAAGCAAACGACUUUGGUCGGCGCCUCGGGGCCUAGCAUCACGGUGAAUCCUCCGCUGGCUGAAAACCAUGAGGAUGUUGACAUGCCUGAGGCUCCAGCUCCUCCGAAGGAUACCGAUGGCGAUGUAGACAUGGUCGAUGCGGAUGCCACUGCGGAGCGAACCCAGCAGACCGCCGUAGGUGGUGACGAACAGUACCAAAAGCAGGUGCCGCCUCCACCGCCCGGCCCUGUACCAGCUGCGAAUGCGCCUAUUGCUGCAGAGGACAAGGCCACGGCGGUAGCUGAGCAGGUCCCCGAACAGAAGUGGCUGCUUCCGCCCGUGGAGCCUCACUUGAAGGGGAGGAAGUGUCUAGUGCUUGACUUGGAUGAAACGCUGGUUCACUCCUCGUUCAAGAUCUUGCACCAAGCCGACUUCACGAUACCAGUCGAAAUUGAAGGGAAUUACCACAACGUCUAUGUAAUAAAACGACCAGGCGUUGACCAGUUUAUGAAGCGAGUGGGAGAGCUCUAUGAAGUGGUCGUCUUCACGGCCUCUGUCUCUAAGUACGGUGAUCCCUUACUUGAUCAGUUGGAUAUCCACAAAGUGGUACACCAUCGACUGUUCCGGGAGAGUUGUUACAACCACCAGGGCAACUACGUCAAGGACCUGUCUCAAGUCGGUCGAGACCUGAAAGACACCAUCAUCAUUGACAACUCGCCCACCUCGUACAUAUUCCACCCCCAGCAUGCCGUGCCCAUCAGCAGUUGGUUUUCGGACGCACACGACAACGAACUACUGGACCUCAUUCCCGUCCUCGAGGAUUUGGCCGGCUCCAGCGUUCGUGACGUCAGUUUGGUUCUCGACGUCACGCUUUGA